UCAGUGUUCCAAUAUGACAGUGAAUCAACAGAGUUCUUGUUUUUGCCCUCAAUUAAACACCUGUUCAACAAGCCGUAGACCAAUUUGUGUUCGAACUCGUCGUGGCUGCAAGCUGUUUGUGUCGGAAUGUCAAGCCGAAGAAGCACGGUGUCGUGGAGAAGUUUUGGAGACAUUGGAUCCGGUCCAGUGCCAUGGUUUCCGUGAUGAAGAAGAAAAGUCUUGCUCUUGUCCAAAAAUGUCGACAUGCAGCACAAAUCAAACGUCUACUUGUGUGAGAACAUCCUCGUCCGAUUGCACUCUAUUGAGAAACGAAUGUGAAUUGGAACGUUAUAAAUGCCAGAAUCCAACACCACCUGCCGUUUCUUUAUUACACUGUCGAGAAUUCGAAUUUGGCCAGAAUAGGACCUGUUCGUGUCCUAACUUAUUUACUUGUUCUCGCAACACUACAAAUAUCUGUAUCAGGGAUAACACUGGUUGUAGACAUCUGAGAAGUGAAUGUGAUUUGGAGGAGUUAAAAUGUCAGGGAAUUGAUCCCACAAUAUUACCAGCUGAACAAUGUAGGCACAUAAAGCCGGGAGAGAGAGGUUCCUGCAACUGUCCCAAAUGGUUGACAUGUUCCAAUAGUACAACCAGAUUAUGUGUGGAAACUAACAAUGGCUGUGAGCUGAUACAAAAUGAAUGUGAUUUGGAAAGGAGAAGGUGUCAAGGAGAGGUUCUUAAUUCCGUCAACAUUGAAUUAUGCCCCAACUUCCGGUUUGGGCAAGUUAGACCCUGUUUCUGUCCGGCUUUAAAAUCGUGUGGUCAAAACAGCACUAGCAAGAUCAAUAUAUGUGUGAAGGGUCCCACUGGCUGCAAACUAAUGCAUGACAAUUGUGAAUUAGAAUUAGCAAAGUGUCUGGGCGAACGAUGGUCCAUCCAAGAUCCAAUCCAAUGUUUAGGAAUUGCCCUCGGCAAUGUUGGCCAAUGUUUCUGCCCGGAAAUGGAACACUGUUCCCAUUGGGGUAAUUCCAGCAUUUGUGUGAGAAAACACAAACAAUGUAAGCGUUUAACAAAUAGAUGCGAUCUAGAAAAAUCCAUAUGUCUGGAGGAAGGUUUCAGUGUUACCACGCCAUUAAGAUGUCUUAGCAUGAACAGAGGAUCACAAGGUGAAUGCGAAUGUCCAGCUUUGGAUAGUUGUAAUAAUAGUCAGCGAAUUUGCGGUCAAAUUGGUAGCCGUUGCAAACUAUUCCGAAAUGAUUGCGACCACAAGGCUGCUGGUUGUAGAGGAGAGAAUUGGAGACGCACCUCAAUGCAUAACUGUUGUCAAUUCCGAGUUAAUCAAAUUUCAAAAUGUUCCCUAUCCAAUGACAGAGGGGUUUGUGGACGUACUUCCAACAAUAGAUGUCGCAUCUUCUCCAAUCGUUGUCAAUUGAAUGCCAUUAAUACGCAUCUCCAAAGAAAGUAUUCCGUGGUGGCAUACAGCCGUUGUAAAUGCCUAAAUAGCGGUAGAGUGGGUAGAUGUACGCUCAAGCCAAGUUGUAAUGUACCACAAGGAAAUAGACGUGAUGUUUGUGGCCGAUCGGGUGAUGUAUUCAGGUGGUUUAACUCUCGAUGCCAGCUACAGCAUACCAACUUUAACUCAUGUGAAGAUUUUCGACCGGUUAGAAAAGACUUGUGUGGCGGACCUAAGACAUAAAUAUUAACUACAUUGUAUUUUUAAAAAAUGUAUAACAUAUAAUAAUCAACACUAUAUAAAAUCAAC